AGCUGCGGGAAGGUAAGCAGUAUUUCCAAGAUGGCGUCUCCAUCAGCAUCGCUAGCGGAGCCGAGUCUAUGUGACUCUCCGGUCCCGGCUUCAAUGUUCUCUCCUGAGGCGGACGAUUCGGAUUGCAGUUUGGACGGGGAGCCUUUGAGGAACGGAGAGUCCGAACUGGACCUGACGAGUAAACAUGUAUUGGUGAGCCCCAGCGCAGAGCAGUAUGACAGCCUACUACAUCAGCUACGAGAUCGGAUGGAUGAGGGAAGGGGGGAGACGAUAUACGUCAUAGGACAAGGGUCCGAUGGGACAGAAUAUGGUCUUAAUGAAGCGGAUAUGGAGGCAUCUGUUGCUACAGUUACCAGCAUGGCAGAGCAAAUUGGUGCUGAUAUGAUCCUGCUGCGGGAGCACCAGGAGGCUGGAGGCAAAGUUCGAGACUAUUUGGUCCGCAAAUGUGUAGGAGAUAAUGACUUCUUGGAAGUAAGGGUUGCUGUAGUAGGGAAUGUGGAUGCUGGAAAAAGCACACUCUUGGGAGUUUUGACUCAUGGAGAACUUGAUAAUGGUCGUGGCUUUGCCAGGCAGAAACUUUUUCGGCACAAGCAUGAGAUCGAGUCAGGUCGCACUAGUAGUGUAGGCAAUGACAUCUUGGGGUUUGAUAGCCAUGGUCUUGUUGUCAAUAAGCCAGACAGUCAUGGUGGAAGUUUGGAGUGGACCAAGAUAUGCGAGAAAUCUUCAAAGAUAAUUACUUUCAUUGAUCUAGCUGGUCAUGAAAAAUACUUGAAGACAACUGUGUUUGGAAUGACUGGUCAUCUACCAGACUUCUGUAUGCUCAUGGUGGGCAGUAAUGCUGGUAUCGUUGGCAUGACAAAAGAGCACCUGGGUUUGGCGCUGGCUUUGAACGUCCCAGUUUUUGUGGUGGUAACAAAGAUUGACAUGUGUCCAGCAAACAUAUUGCAAGAAACCCUGAAGCUGCUGCAGAGGCUACUUAAGUCUCCAGGUUGCAGAAAGAUCCCAGUCUUGGUUCAAAACAAAGACGAUGUUAUUGUCACUGCUUCCAACUUCAGCUCAGAAAGGAUGUGUCCGAUCUUUCAGAUCUCAAAUGUAACAGGGGAGAAUCUGGAUCUCCUUAAGAUGUUCCUUAAUCUGCUGUCGCCCCGUACUAGCUCCAGGGAGGAGGAACCUGCAGAGUUUCAGAUUGACGAUACUUACUCAGUACCGGGUGUGGGCACAGUGGUUUCUGGAACUACCUUAAGGGGUCUGAUUAAGCUCAACGAUCUGCUGCUACUAGGACCAGACCCUCUGGGCAACUUUACAUCAAUUGCAGUAAAGUCAAUACAUCGCAAGCGUAUGCCUGUCAAAGAAGUGCGAGGUGGCCAGACAGCAUCUUUUGCUUUGAAGAAGAUCAAACGUUCAUCUAUCAGGAAGGGCAUGGUGAUGGUUUCCCCACGCCUGAAUCCUCAGGCAUCCUGGGAGUUUGAAGCAGAGAUCUUGGUGCUGCAUCAUCCAACCACAAUCAGCCCGCGAUACCAGGCAAUGGUACACUGUGGAAGUAUUCGCCAAACUGCCACCAUCUUGAGCAUGAGCCGUGACUGCCUACGUACUGGUGAUAAAGCUACAGUUCACUUCAGAUUCAUUAAGACUCCUGAGUACUUGCAUAUAGACCAAAGGCUGGUUUUCAGAGAGGGACGAACCAAAGCUGUGGGCACCAUAACAAAGUUAUUACAGAGCACAAACAACUUGCCAAUGAACUCAAAGCCACAACAGGUAAAGAUGCAGUCCACCAAAAAAGGUCCACUUGGAAAGAAGGAAGAAUCGAGCCCAGGGACAGCAGUAACAGAUGAGGUUUCCCCCACAGCUAAUGCUGCCGCCUCAGGAGCAUCCCCACUGCAAACACAGCCCAAGACGGGAGGAGGAGGAAGACGUCGCGGUGGACAGAGGCAUAAAGUGAAGUCUCAAGGGACAUGUGCCCCAGCAGGGGGUUGUUAAACAUGGCUGCUCAACUACUUUCUCCUUCCAACAGCUUCAGUGUGCCCCAAUUACCGUUUAAUGGAAAGAAGCAGACACUCCCAGCUAUCCUGCAGUUCCAUACACUUCAGCCAGUGAAGCCCUAAAAAACUAUUGUCAAUGGCUACUUGAAUAGCCACUGCUUAAUAGCAAUUAAAUCGCCUUUGUGUCAAGACUUGCUGUUGACCGGCUUAAGGAUGAUAAAGAGCAAAUUAAUUUAAUGAACAGCCGGAUUGUAGCUGUAACUCCUAUAAAUUUAAUUGGAUUUUAAGGAAUGAUUUUAUUUUUAUUUUUUUAUCUUGAGAAGCAGAUUACGGUAAUCGUCCUGUGUAAACCUGGGAGGGAGAAGCCUAAUG